AUGAAGAUUUCGUUCAGUCCCUUGUUCUUUGCCAUGAAUAGAUUGACCGUAUCUAAAAAUGUCCGCCAUGUGAGCAUGAUGAGCGAUAGUCGAAUAGGAAAUGCUUUUGCUACUGCACGCCGCAACAGAAAGUCUCGCCCUGAACGUCGACGUUCUAAUCGCAUGGCAAGGUUACGCUCUCCAAUUGAUGAAAAGGUAAACACUAGAUAUCUCGAAGGAGAGCUACAUCCAUACGUUAUUAAAUUAAAGGCUGCUAUUUACAGUGGUCCAGGGAAGCAUGCGGAUGUCCUAUGGAAUUUAUAUCAAAAUAUUAAGAGCGUUGAAGGAUUGCUUCAAAAGACUAACGUUGGACACUUGGAUACGCUGGCAAAAAUACUUGAGCGCGUUAGCAAAAAGAAAGCAAUAUGUUUAUUGGAAGACCUGCUUGACUCGGACGUUCGACUGAUGCAAUCAAGCUAUUCGUUGUUAAUUCAAUUAUACUGCGAGGAGAAUGAUUAUGAGAAGGCUAUUCACGUUUCAGAGCUGCUAAAAAAGAGAGACUACAUUCCAUCAGACAAAGAUUAUAAUGUCUUGAUAAGAUUGCUUGCAACUAAUGGUGACAUCCAGGGUGCGGUGAACCAUUUAAUCGAAAUGCGAACAAGAGGCCGACGUGCGGACAUUUAUGCAUAUGGAGCGUUGAUAAAUAAUCUUCUCUCGCAGAAACUCUACAGAGAGACUGCUCAACUGUGUUUGAGUAUUAUUAACGAGGGGUUGAUGUCUAAUCAAUUAUCAUUAACAAACAGUUUUACUAACAAGUUGGCUAAUUUUGAUGCACCAUAUUCGCGUGUUGUAGAAAAUGUGUCCAGUUUCUUAAUAUGGAUUUAUCUCGAGGAAUCCAGAGUGGAUUUGGCAACCAAAGUCUAUUUCACUCACUUGUCUGGAUCUUCGUCACCAGUGGUUCAUGCAUUGUUGCAAAGUCUGGUUGAUGCAUGUCUGAACGUGUCAGAUAUCAAUAGAGCUUUGGCCUUGCUCGAACACGCCACAGAGGAUAAAACCAUGUCAUUAUAUGCUGAUGCACUAUCUCGAUGCAUCAAAGAGGGAUGGGCAACAGAGGCCGAGAAAAUUUUUGAACGUGCAGAUAAGCGGGGUGUGUUGUUUUCAAAAAAACUCUUGGGUCAAUAUACUGCCUUAUUUUCCAGGUUAAGGCGACCCGCCGACGCAUUACGAGUAUACAAUAUCGCCAAGUCUCAAGGCGUUUAUGGAGAAUUUAAGCCUUACGUGUUCAACGCCUUAGCCAAGUGCUUGGUAAGAGACCGGUUGACAGUAGACGCGCGUCAAGUACUAGCAGACAUGGAAGCGAUAGGCCUUGAGCCAUCUCUCACUACUUUUCAUAUAUAUUUUAUGAUAGCCACAGAAGAGCUAAAUGUCGAGGAAUGUAGAAAUACUUUAAAAAGACUGUAUGCCGCUAAUUUACAACCAAACCAUUUGACACUAAGACAUCUUCUUAAUUACUGGGUCCAGCAAGGAGACAAGGAGAAAAUCAAAGAGAUAUAUCGAUAUAUUUGCGAGCAUGGGCACGAGAUAGGUGUGGUUGAUUAUAAUAUCAGAAUGAAGUCGUUCUCCAUAGACGAUGUACAGACACUUUUCAAAGAGAUGCAGGAUGCGGGAAUACAACCAAGUGAUGUCACAUGUCGCACCUUAUUACAAAUGAGCCUAGAGGCAGGUUAUCUUAAAAGCGCAUGGCAAAUCUACGAAUUACUUUCUGAUGGUGGAAUGCAUUCCAGAACUCUUGCUAUAAUGACAUCACACAUGAUUAAUACAAAAGGAAUUAGGGAAGCUUGCAACUUUUUCUUCGAUCAAUGUAAAAAAUAUAACACUACUCCAACUAUAUCCGAGUUUAAUAUGUUAUUAGAUGGCGCAUAUAAAGCGAAAAACGCUAAUCUCAUGAGAAAAGUGUAUAAAAAAAUGACUAAUUACGGACUACGAUUGCAAAAUCCAUCCUUGUUCGCUGGUCUAAUUUAUCUGAAAGCCAUUAAUGGCCACUUUAGUGAAGCAAAGAAAUUCCUUAGAGAGAUGCAAAAGAGAGAAAUGAAAGAAUUAGUAAAGGGGUACACUGCUUUGAUUGGUGGAUAUGUUGUUCAGAGAGAUUACAAGAAAGCCGAGUGGCUGUUUCGAUCAAUGCAAGUAGAGUCUGGAAUCAAGCCUGAUGUGGGAGCUUAUGCGUGGAUGAUUGGUAUGCACAUGAGGCAGAAAAGGCCCGAGAAAGCUCUUGAACAUUACCGUGCGAUGCUAAAAGAUGGAUACACGGUAGAUGACUUGGAGCCAUUUAAGAAACGCGUAUAUUUUGACAGGCUAAAGUUACUUGUGGAGGAUAAUGACUUGACCAAGUACGGAAAUUUAGAAAAUAAUUGA